GGACCGGGAAAGCUCCCCUCGGUUGGGAGAGGAUCAAACGCCGGCUCCGAGGCGGAGGAAUUAACCUUUCAAGCGCUGAGGGCUUCCCCCUUUCCUUUCCUUUCCUUUCUUUUCCCGCCACAAGCCCCCUCCCCCCUUCCUCUCAAAGUCGCGCUCUUGGAGAGAAGAGGCUCCCAGGCAACGCACUCUCUCUCCCCCUCCCCCCUUUCCGCUUUCUCAGUCUGGGUCGGGGAGGCAGCCUGGGGAGCGCGCCUCCAACCACUUCGCUUUUGUUCUCUCUCUCUCUCUCUCUCCGCCCCUCCCCUUUGAUUUUCUUCGAAACAGAGUUGGAAAACAGCAGAGAGAAAUGGAGAGGGAGAGAGGGAGAGAGGGCUCACCCAAGCGAGACAGGAAUUUACAUGCUGGUCUCGCUACAGUUUGGAACAUUUUUGCAUUCUGUUGACUACACCCAUUCCAUACGAUGACCUUGCAACCAGCUCACCAUGUCUUUGGAGAACAGCUGCUGAACAAUUCCCAAUGCCUGGAGUAAAUGAUAAAUCAUUCAAUGAAUCCUUGAAUCUCACUUGAUAUCCAAGCACAUUUGCCCUGUAAAAUGAAAUCAGACAGACAGUUUGUAUUUGCUUUUUGAGGAUCAGUUUGUACAUUGCAAUGCAAGAAAGGGUUAGUAGCUCGUGCAUGAUCCCUGCUGUAAUACAGACAUUGAAUUGGAUUAAUAUAAUAUAGAGGCCCUUGAGUUUAUCAGAAACAAACAGAAAUAUAAAAACUACUAGAAAAAUGUCAUGUAGUAGUUCUCUUUUUCAGUCUUGAUCUAUAAAGGGUUUCAUCCCUCACUCUCCUCCAGCUAUAACAGCAAGAAGGAGAUGUUUCUUGAAGGAAGCCCCUCGAGUGCUGGACGAGUGCUUGGCCGCUGUGGCUGUCUGGAUGAGGAGGAACAAGCUGAAGAUCAAUCCCGACAAGACAGAGGUCCUCCUGGUCGAUCGAAAACCGGAUUGGGGUGUAGGGUGGCAACCAGUGCUGGAUGGGGUUACACUCCCCCUGAAGUCACAGGUUCGCAGUUUGGGAGUCCUCUUGGAUUCAUCGCUUACUCUUGAGGCUCAGGCGUCGGCGGUGUCCGGGAGGGCUUUUGCACAAUUGAGACUAGUGCACCAACUGCGACCGUACCUUGUAAAGGCUGAUCUGGCAGGGGUGGUCCAUGCCUUGGUUACCUCUAGAUUGGAUUACUGUAAUGUGCUCUACAUAGGGCUGCCCUUGAAAAUGGCUCGGAAAUUUCAGCUAGUCCAACGGGCAGCGGCCAGGAUGUUAACUGGUGCUCCUUACAGAGAGAGGUCAACCCUCCUGUUUAAGGAGCUCCAUUGGCUGCCAUUUAUUUUCCGGUCCCAAUUCAAGGUGCAGGUGCUCACCUACAAAGACCUUAAUGGUUUGGGACCUGCCUACCUGCGUGACCGCAUCUCCGUUUAUGAACCCAAAUGCUCCCUUUGCUCAUCCGGAGAGACCCUGCUCAUGAUUCUACCUGCAUCGCAAGCGCGGUUGGUGGGGAUGAGGGACAGGGCCUUCUCUGUGGUAGCCCCCCGACUCUGGAACUCCCUUCCCAAGGACAUCAGACAAGCCCCUACGUUGGCAGUCUUUAGGAAGAGCUUGAAGACCUGGCUAUUCCAGUGUGCCUUUCCAGAAUAGGAAACUCCAGCAACAUGUCCCAGAAGCACUUUAUUAGAGAUUUUAAGAUUGUCUGCACACUGCACUUACCCAAACAUCCUUAUAUCUCAUUUGGCAUACUCAGCACUUUUUAAUCUGUACCCAUAACACUUGGCCCAGCCUUAGUUUUAUUGUGCUAUGUGUACUGUUUUUACUGUUUACUGUUAUUGCUUUCAUGUUUUGAUUUGUUUUAUGGUUUAUGUGUAUUUGUUAUAUUGUUGUUUUAUUGAGGCCUUGGCCUUUGUAAGCUGCAUCGAGUCCUUCGGGAGAUGCUAGCGGGGUACAAAUAAAGUUAAUAAUAAAUAAAU